UGGCAAGCCGUGAGUGUUAUUGAUGUGAUAGAGGUGGCAAGAUGGCGGCGCUUAGGGCUUCUGCCGUCGCGUCAGUGUUGAAAUAUUGAAACAGUUACUCCUUAUCACGGAGAUGAAAGCACCUAUUCCUCAAAAACAAGAAAUUGUGGUAGAACCCGGACCCUUAUUUGGUGUUGCAGAUGCUGAUGAUGUAGUAACAAAAUAAUUUUCCUUCCUGGAUUGAACAUGCCAAAAGUAUCAGAGACCCCAUUUUCCUUGUCUGACUGCCAUUGUAAUAUUUGCAUGGAUAUUUUUGUGGAACCAGUCACACUACCAUGCCACCAUACUCUUUGUAAUGCCUGUUUUCAACUUACUGUGGAAAAAGCAAGUUUGUGUUGCCCUUUUUGUCGUCGGCGUGUCUCAUCUUGGGCACGAUAUAACACUCGCAAUAACACUCUUAUUAACUUGGAAUUAUGGGAAAAAAUUAAGAAACAUUUUCCAGAAGAGUGCCAACGCAGAAUUAAUGGACAGGACCUAGAAAAUUAUUUGCAUAUGCCGCAACCAAUACACUGCUUAAGUAAGCCUGGAGAAUUAAAGAAAGAAUAUGAAGCUGAGAUCACUAAGGUGGAAGCAGAACGCCGUGCUCUUGAGCAAGAAGAGAGCAAAGCAAGUGAAGAAUAUAUUCAAAGACUACUUGCAGAAGAGAAAGAAGAGCAAAGGUUAACAGAAGAAAAGAAAAAAAAGAUAGCAGACCAGUUGCUAUUAGAUGAAAUGUUGGCCCAAGAACUGAGUUUAAAUUUGAACAGAUCUGUUGAAGAGUCUGUUAAAAGCAGUCCGGUACCUGGCCCGUCCCCUUCUGAUUGCUGCAAAACAUCGAAAACCAAAUCAAGCAAUUAUGGUGAUAUUAAGAAGUAUUUAUCUCCAAAGUCUUGUGGUUUCUUUCCCCCAAAGUUGCUAUUAGGAGAAUUAAAAAAAGAAAACAUUGACUCUCUUUCUGAGGAAAGCAUUAAACCUAAAACUCACUUUACCUUGGAAGAUGACAAAAUAAAAGAUGAUAUAACCAUACUAUCUCCAGAGACAAUUGGAGAAGGAAAAAUGCCUAAAGAUUUCCCUUUAGAAUCAACAGACUCUUAUUUAAAUAUAUGUACUACAUCUGAAUUCAACUGUCAUGGCUCUGAAUUGUCAUCUUCUUCCAGGAGUCAGUCAGAGGAAUGUGUUACUAAUAGAGAGGACCAUGAAGCUGAUUUUUUCUCAAUGAGCAGUGGUUCCAGUAACAAUGACUUUGGAAAUAAAAAUUUUACAGAAAGUACAUGCUUGCUGAAACUUCACAAAAAUGACAGCAAUGAAGAAAUCCUUAUUUCUUUGACAUCUAGUACUCAACUGGACAGCAAAGAUACAACCUGUGAAGAAACAAUGGUAAUGGGAAACUAUCUAAUUAAAAAUAAAAACCAGAAUUGCUCAUUGAUCACUAAAGAGAUUCCAAAGAGAAAAUCUCAAGAAUCUCCCACCGAUCGGACAGGGGAUUCAUAUUUGAAUGACAAAAGAAGAAGAACUUUUGUACAAACAGAAGGGAAAGAGAUGGCCGAUAUACAAAAGCAGAUAUAUUUGGAGGAGCAGCUUUACAAACGAUAUAAACAGGAAGAAGAAGAUAGGUGUCUGGCUUUGAAAAUUCAGAAGGAAAUGGACAGAGAACUGAAAACACUAAAUCGCAAAAAAGGCUCCCCUGAUGAGUAUCAUUUGCGUCCUACACCAUCUAAGGCAGCUGGAAAAUCCCCAGCUGUUGGGAAGCACUGCAAACUCUUAAAGGCUUCAAACAGCCAGACAGAAAUAAAUCGACCCAAACCACAGAGACGUUCCCACAGUGAGAAUGAGAAGACCUCUAGCAAACAUCAGACAAAACCAUCUGUGAAAAAUAGAAAUCUGAGUUGUGAACUCCGCUCUGAUUUAAAGGAUGUAGAGUUGCCAAUCAAACAAAGGACGAUUAUCCAGAUGUUUAAGAAAUCUGCAACAAAUUGAAACAUUUCACCCAAACCACUGUAUAUUAAUAGAAAAUUUUGAAAAAGCUACUCUGAAAAACUGGCAUAUAUUUAUCUCAUCUAGUAUUAGCUGUUUCCAGAAUUAAUGUGUUACUUGUUCCAGAAACAGUAGCAUCUGUUCUGUGCCUUUUUCUUUGAAUUCUUGUGUCUAUUCUUUAAUAUAUAGAUGGUAUCAAUUACUCUCAAUUUUAAGUUGUACUGAAUGAUAAUAGUUGCUGAGUUGUCAUAACCAUGCCACUGUUGUCUGUGAUAAAUGCCAGUGAUAAAUGCCAUCUUUAAGACAGACAUAUCAUAAGAUACAUUCUUAUUUUUCUCUUUGCUGGAAUUGUAUUUUUGCCUUACUAGUAAUGUGGCUUAUGGAUUUCACAAGACAACAAAUCAAUUUUCAUUGGAAUGAUUUUGGAAUUUUAAAUUUGAUAUUUUGUAGAAGUAUAAGAGGCACCAAAGAUAUUCAAUAAGUAAAUCACAAUUAUUUUCAGUUC